CUCCUUGGGAAGUCAGUCAAAGAACCCGCUCUUGUCAUUGGUUAAUAAAAAAAAUAGUGAGUUUUGACUCCGCCCCCACUUCGCUGUUUGCGACCCGCGCCGCGGAAGUUGGAAUACAGGCGACCCAAUUUCAGUCUGUGUACACCCACAGCCGACCAUGCUGCAGUGCGGGAUGUCAGAACGGGACAAGCGGACUCUCCGUAAGCUGUCUGCGGUUCUCUGCAAGCAAAUGGUGGUAGACGCGCAACUUGUCCAGUCUCUACAGGCGGACGAAAUCCUUAACGAUGAAAUGGCGGAGAGCAUUCUGAACGAGAAAACCUCUGGAAAGCAAAACUGGCGGUUGCUUUUCCUUCUACCCAAGCGGGGCCCCAGUGCGUUCAGCAGCUUCUGCUCAGCACUGCGAGACACUGAGCAGCACCACUUGUGUGACCUGAUAGAGAAGCACAGCACAAGCAAUUCGAAACUUCAGCCAGAACGAGAUACACAAGUGUUGAAGACUUACCCAGAGGAAAUAAGUGAGUUGCAGAGGUUUGUCGAGGCCCCUCUUGCACAUCCUACACAAGAGGCCAUAGCAGCUAAGAGACAACGGACACACGAUUCCAUGGAAACAAGUCUGGAUACCGACUGCCCUAUUACAACCCCAGUGCUUCCGUGCACCCAAGACUUCUACCUGACUCGCUGCAAACAGUCUUACAGGAUGUGUUCGUCACCGAGAGGCUGUGCCUUAGUGAUCAGUAACGUGACCUUCGACCCCUCCACCGCCCCUGACCUCGACCACAGGAAGGGCGGUGAGGUGGACGAGGAGGUUCUCCGGAAGGUCUUCACAGAGCUAGACUUUGUAGUCUCCGUGCACCGGAACCUCACCGCUCAGGCUAUGCGGGAGUGCAUUGAGCAGUUCUGCCAGCUUCCAGAGCACAGGACGGCAGACGGCUCUGUGGUGUGUCUGCUGUCCCACGGCGUGGACGGAGCUGUGUACAGCACAGACGGAGAGCUACUCCAGCUGGACUGGGUGUUUGAGGCGUUCGACAACUCCCACUGCCCACUCCUGCAGAACAAGCCCAAGAUGUUCUUCGUCCAGGCCUGCAGAGGGGAGGAGAUGGACUGUGGGGUGGUGCAGACAGACGGGCCGGAGAGGACGGGCUCCCCCAGCUGUGAGCAGCGGGACGCAGGGCGGGAGGGAGAGGGAGACCCUGGCUCCAGACGGCCCGUGUCGCUGGGCAGGCCCAGGAUCAAGCUGCCCCAGCGCUCGGACAUGAUCUGUGGCUUUGCUUCGCUGAAAGGUCAGAGACUAAGCACUGCAGCCAUGAGGAACACCAAGAGAGGGUCCUGGUUCGUCCAGGAGCUCAACGAGGCCCUGCGGCUGCGCUCCCGGGACACCCACCUGGCCGACAUCCUGGUGCAGGUGAAUGCACGUAUCAAGGAGAGAGAGGGCUUCGCGCCGGGCACUCCCCACCACCGCUGUAAAGAGAUGUCAGAGUUCACCAGCUCUCUAUGCAAUGACCUCUUCCUGUUCCCCAAGUACCAGCACCGGUUUUGACUUCUGAUCUCACACAGACAUACAGACACAUGCACAUGCACAAAAACACACACACACACACACACACACAAACCAGAACAUGCAUACAUAAACACAAGAGCGUAUGCAUUCACAUGCACACAUACAAAAACACACAAACACACACACAGAUCUUUCCUUUUUUUCAGCACUCAGUCGCACACUGGUGUAUUCCAUCUCACUCUUUGCCACACUCUAUACUUCCACACGUCAUUAUUACAUUCCGCUGUAAAAGCACUUUUUAAGCCCAUUCAUUCAGAGGAUCAGUUCAUUUCAUUCACGUUCAGGAUUGUUUUGUUAAUUUGCUGUUCAAACAUCGGUGCCCUGUCCACCGACACACAAACACACCCAAAUCCUGGAGGGGAAAAGGAGGAAGCUUAUGUUAAUCUACAUGUACUUGGACAUGUUGUGGGGAUGCAUGUGUUUGCAUCCAAUUAGAGGCUGAGCGUAUUCAUGUGUGUUGCUUUCUAUGCCAGUUAUGGGUUUA